ACUGCCAGCCCAUGCUACGAUGCCCGACCACAGUAUAGCCUUGCUGACUUCGAGUUGCUCGAGACCCUUGGCACUGGAACGUUUGGACGUGUAUAUUUGACAAAGUUUCGCCACGAUCACUCCUUCUAUGCCAUGAAGGUGCUCAAGAAGACGGAGGUCGUAAGGCUGAAGCAGGUCGAGCACAUCAACUCUGAAAAGCAGAUCCUCUCUCAAGUCCACUUUCCUUUCAUCGUCAACCUAUUCACUACAUUCCAAGACGACCGCAACCUGUACAUGCUGCUCGAAUAUGUCAUCGGAGGAGAGCUCUUUUCACAUCUGCGAAAGGCAGGGAGGUUUACAAACGAUAUGACCCGAUUCUAUGCGGCAGAGAUUGUCCUCGCGAUCGAGUACCUUCAUUCAAGAGACAUUAUCUACCGUGAUCUGAAGCCAGAAAACCUGCUCCUGGACUCAACGGGCCAUGUCAAGAUUACCGAUUUCGGAUUCGCAAAGAGAGUCGAGGACAGAACCUGGACGCUAUGUGGAACACCUGAAUAUCUUGCACCGGAGAUCAUCCAGUCAAAAGGACACGGAAAGGCUGUCGAUUGGUGGGCUCUGGGCAUUCUGAUCUUUGAGAUGCUUGCGGGGUACCCGCCUUUCUUUGACGAUAACCCUUUUGGCAUCUACGAAAAGAUUCUUGCUGGACGUAUCUAUUUCCCGGCACAUAUCGAUUCGACAGCUAAGGAUCUGAUCAAGAAAUUGUUGACAGCCGAUCGGACGAAAAGAUUGGGCAACUUGAAGGAUGGUUCUGAUGACAUCAAGAAUCAUAAAUGGUUCCGAGGCGUCGACUGGCAGGGACUUUUGGACAGGACCGUAACCGCGCCGAUCGUACCACCGUACAUCCAUCCUGGUGACACUGGCAACUUUGAAAAGUAUCCCGAGGUGACGGACGACGACACGACUCAGGGUGACCCUUACAGGUCGUUGUUUGCCAACUUUUGA